AGUCCGUCGGAAAUUCAAAAGAAGAAGCUGGAAACACUGAGGAACUUUACUGCUGAAGAAAAAACAAGAAUGUUUUCAAUCGAGAGGUUUAGUGAUGUUGUCAACGAGCAGCUAACUGCUGCAGCUGAGGAAAUAUGUGACGAUUUUACAAGAGCUGUCGUCGAGGACGAGGCAGAAAUCGACCGUCAGCGCAGAAAGCUGGACAUCAUUUGGAAACCUCCCAUCCACUUACACAGAAUAGACGUCCCGCAGCAACAUGUGUGUAAGGAGGAGGAAGAGUUUGAAGCUGAGCAGCAGCUCUGCCACCAGGAGAGGAAGUCCAGUCUGGACCAGGAAGAUCCAGAACCUCCACAGAUUAAAGAGGAGCAGGAGGAAGAGCAGCUCAAACAGGAGGAGACUGACACGUUGACGUUGACUCCUACUCAGGAGGAAAGUGAGCAGAGUGAAGCAGAUGGACCAAAUGAACACCAGCUCCUUUCUCACAACUCUCAUGUUGCUGAGAAUCAAGAUCCCAAAGAGAACAAGCAGGAAGACUUAGAGAUGACUGUAAAAUCAAAACCAAGACAAGAGACAGAAAGAAAACACACAGGUGAGAGGCUGCACUCAUGUGAAGUAUGUGGACAAAGCUUAAAGAAUAACGGUACUUUGAAAAUUCACAUGAAAAUUCACACAGGUGAGAAGCCUUUCUCCUGCAGCACAUGUGGAAGAAGAUUCAUUAAGGGGUCAGAUUUGAAUCUUCACAUUCUUACUCACACAGGUACAAAGCCAUACACCUGUGGUACCUGUAGGAAAUCAUUCACUCAGAAAGGUAAUUUUGAUAGGCACUUAAAAAUUCAUAGAGGUGAAAAACCUUUCACCUGCACUACAUGCAACAAAUCUUUUACACUAAAAAGUUCAUUGGCAGUCCACAUGAGAACUCACACAGGUGAGAAGCCUUUCUCCUGUGGCACCUGUGGAAAAAGGUUCCGUCAUUCUACAUCUUUGAAUGAGCACAUUCGUAUUCACACAGGCACAAAGCCAUACACCUGUGGUACCUGUGGGAAAUCAUUCACACAUAAAGGUAAUUUGAACGAUCACUUAAAAAUCCAUACAGGUCAAAAACCUUUCACCUGCACAACCUGCAACAAAUCUUUUCGAAAAAAAGGUAAUUUAACAGUCCACAUGAGAACUCACACAGGUGAGAAGCCUUAUUCUUGUAACAUCUGUGGAUAAACAUUCUGUCAUUCUACACAUUUGAAGCUUCACAUUCUCACUCACACAGGUACAAAGCCAUACACCUUCGGUACUUGUGGGAUUCAUUCACACAUAAAUCUCAUAAAGGUGAAAAACCACAUACCUGCGUAAGUACAGCAAAUCUUUUUGACUACAGUGUGAUUCGACAGUCCACAUGAGAACACACACAGGGGAUAAUUUUUUCUCCUGUAACAUCUGUGGAAAGAGAUUCUUUUGUUGGUCUCAGAUUGAUUUCAGUGAUCCAAAGAGCCCUGAGAUACAAUUAUUUGAAAACCAAACGAUGAAUGUUUAUGACACUCAAAUCAAAUUUGUAUGAUCAUUUGAAACACAGUGAAUGUUCACCUUUGGCUGGUACACAGCUAUGUGCUGACAAGUUGGAGAGAAAAAGAAACUGUGCAUGUGCUCUGAGAAUUUGCUUUUUUUGAUGGCAAUUAAAAUGAAAACCAUUUACACUCAAAUGCUUGAAUUUCAGAACUAACAUGUUAACUUCAUGUAACAUUGAAGUAUUGUGAGUUCUCUAAUGGCUUCACUUGAGGUGAGUUAUUCUGCUGUCUGUUCUUUAUGAAGUCUUU